GUCGAGAUGAUAAACGCAACUGUUGCGAUACGAAGGCAAGAAGAAUCGCAGACGCGGAUUGCUUGCCACCGAAAUUCUUGCCAAAGUACACUCCGUACUACUUGAUUCCCAUGUCGGCUGUUUCUGUCCGCGCCCAGAGGUGGUGGUAGAAACUCAAGAUGGGAUCGCACGCGUCAGGUCACGAAGGGGCGGGAAAACACGAGACAGCGUAACACCUGUGUGACUGCUAUUCCGGGUAACAUCACGUCACAAGCCGUCCUUCCAUCUUCGGUCCUCACUGCCCUUCAGUCGACAUGAACGUCGAAGACGAUCUGGGCAUAACGUACCUCGUCGAGAAUGCGCAGCAGUUCUGGUCUGAGUUGGAGGAUGUGCUCAAUCUGCCGAAAGAGCCCCCCACGCUAUCACUGCUGGACUUGACAUUAAGGCGCUACACAGCGUUUUGUGCAGCCUACCAUGAACUGUACCUCCAGAGUCCUCUGCAGCUCGAGCAUGCGUGCAACCUCAUUGCCGAGUCCGAAUUGUUCUCCUUCCACUCUGAGAGGAUGUGCGAGAUGCUUGGAGAAGAGUUGAGAUCUAACACCGACCCACACUCGCAGUUGAUCAUGUACCACAUCAUGCUCUGCCACGGACGCCGCCGGUCGGAUUUCUUCCGCUCGAGUAAACGAUGGACGCCUCUUCUGCCUCUUCUCAUGGACCACAUUCUUGUUGAGAUUGACCCCGAAGAGGAAGAUGCCUAUUUCGGGAACUCAGGGUCGUCCUCGUCGCACCAUGGUUCAACAUCGGUGCCGAUUCCGAUCGAAGCGAAGCUGCGCUCGUUGUGCAUUCGACUGGUGUAUGAAGUCUGUCGGGUACAGAAGUUCUCGACUCAUGACCUCAAGAUAUUCGACGAUAAAUUUCUUGAUUACCUCUUCGAUCUAGUGGAGCAAACCAGGAAUAUGCAAGAUGAAGUUUUCAAUUACUCGUGCAUCAAGCUUAUCGUUGCGCUUAACGAGCAAUUCAUGGUCGCAUCUCUUCCUUCUGAAUCGGAAAAGCACCACUCGGACAAGCAUCCCUCCUCCUCCUCUGAACCCGCGAACCGGGUUCUGCGGAUCUUGAUGAGGAGACUGGGAUCGAGCAAGACAUUUGGGGAGAAUAUGAUCUUUAUGCUCAAUCGUGCCGAGCAUACCCCUGAAGACUUGUGCAUGCAGCUGCUCGUCUUGAAGCUGCUGUAUCUGCUAUUUACGACCAAAGGGACUUCGGAAUACUUUUAUACGAACGAUCUCUGCGUGUUGGUGGAUGUCUUCCUGAGAGAGCUCACGGACCUGGAUGAUGAUAGUGAAUCCCUCCGGCACACCUAUCUACGUGUUCUUCAUCCGCUUUUGACAAAAACGCAGCUCCGAGAAAUCCCGUACAAGCGGCCGCAAAUCGUGCUGGCCUUGGAAGGGCUGAUUUCGAAUGCCGGUGUGCGGGAUAUCAAUCCGACCACGAGACGGCUUGUGGAGCGAUGCUUAAGUGGGGAUUGGUGUGUCCAUCUCCGCAAAUCGCCUCCUGCGGAGGAAGCCAGGAGAGGCUCCAGCGAAGCAUCUGCGCCCCAGUCUCAUCUACACACCCCGUCGCCCCUGGAUCUUCAAGGGCGCAGGAGCCUCAGGAGCAGCAAGAGUGUUGAAUUUCUACCAGGAGCGGCUGCUGGCCAGCCCGCGUCUCGUUCCUCGACCGAUGCUCCGAGAAGACCCAGCAACGCGAGUUCGGUCAAUCUCGUGGCAUCCGCAGUCCUGCCGGCUCCAGUUCGGAAAGGGAGCGCCCACUCUGGAAUCGUGGAUGGUUCUCACGCAAAUCGACACCGGGCUCCAUCAACUCACGACCCAAGCGCCAGCUCAAUGACCGUUCCGUCGUCCAUUGCGACGAGUUUCAGUGGAUCAUCCUUGCCGUCGAGCCCUGUGCAUCUGCAAGUCCAUGUCACUCAGCCAACGCCCCAUCGUCGGACGCCACCGCCACCGCCCACGCCCAAACGACGUAAGCCUCCUGCGAUACCGGUUGGCAAGGGCACGACAGUGACGACCAUACGCUCAUCUUCGAUGACAGCCAGUCCGUUGUCGAAGACGACGUUUUGACGGGAUUAGAUCUACAACUUGUAUCCUUCACAGACAAGGUUAUUCUUUGUAUGUCACUGUUUUGAGCCGCAAGAACUCCUCAAUUCCCCAUUGGCCAUUGAACCGUCCCCACCCGCUGUUCUUGGCGCCGCCGUGAGGGAGGUUGGCCUCAUCAUGGACGCUCAUCGAGUUGAUGUGGAUGGACCUGAUUGAUCUUUAGACUAGCUCAGGUCCAUUCUGCGAAUGAGACUCACCCGCAUUCCAGUUGCUUUGCGACUCUGAGUCCGCGCGCCAGAUCGCGUGUGAACACAGCGCCGUUCAGUCCAAAGUCGCUGUCGUUGGCAAUUCUGACUGCCUCUUCCUCGUUGGCCGCCGAAAUGACACUGACGCUAGGCCCGAAGCUUUCUUGGCUAUACAGCGACAUGUCCGCAGUCACUCCAUCCACAAUCAGCGGACGCAAACGAGUCCCCGAAGCAAGGCCCGUCUCCGGAUGUUUCUCGUCCACUGUGUGAUCGCCGUGCAGAAGUUUGGCUCCCUUGCUCAGCGCGUCUGCGACUAGAGAACGAUUGCGGUCAACAGCCGCUGCCUGGACGAGGACUGGAGACAGUGCGUCGGCAGGCGAGAACUUUGCCACUGCUUGCUGCAGUGCCGGUCGGAAUUUAUCGAUGACGGACUCCUGCACGAUGAUGCGCUCGGUGCUCAUGCAGAUUUGUCCAGAGUGCAGGAAUGCGCCAACAGCGCAUUGGGAGGCGGCCAACUCGAGAUCCGCGUCGUCCAGCACGAUAGCCGCUGCCUUGCCACCGAGUUCCAUCAGACAAGGCUUGAGUGCACGACCCGCUAUCGACCCGAUGAUAGAGCCUACUGCACUGCUUCCCGUGAAGUUGACUUUUCUCACAGCGGGGGAGUUGAUAAGUUGGGUGGUGAUCGCGGCGGACUCUGCGCGAGGGGUGUAGAUCACGUUCAAAGCACCCUUGGGUAGCCCAGCGUCGAGGAGAAUGCGCCCGAUGUUGUAGAAACAGCGCGGGCUAAGUUCCGAGCCCUUGAGCACACACGUGUUCCCCGCCGCUAGCGCAUAGAUGACGGCACGGAAUCCGAGAAUAUAUGGUGCGUUCCUGAUAUUUGAAUCUCGGUCAGAUGCUCUUCCACCCCGGCGGAUCUAAAAGCCGCAGAAACCGGACGUACCAUGGGGCGAUGCCCAGCACGACGCCGUACGGUUCCUUGAGCACCAGCGCCGCCGUCCCCUCAUCCUGCGUCAUGGGAAUGCUGCCCAUAAUGGCACUGCACCGCCCUCCCGCAUCGCGCAUCUGCUCUGCCGCGGUCAUGACGUUGAAGGUGCAGAAGGCGUCGGGGCUGCCCGUCUCUUGGUGCAUGUGCAACUUGAGUUCUUCGCUGCGCUCGGCGAUAAGAUCCGCCGCCUUCAGAAACACCCUCCGUCGUUCGGCAGAGCGGGAUUUCGACCAUACGGGGAACGCCAUUGAGGCUGCCUGCACGGCAGCGGCGGCCUGGUCCGGCGAUGCUGACGAACACGACCAUAAUAGUUGGUGGGAGACGGGGGACUCGACGGGGAACGUCGACGAGGAUGGAGACAGGACUUCUUCGCCGUUGAGGAGGAGCGGUACGGUCGUCGGCGCGGACAUGGUUGGUCGUUAGCAAGUGCAAUGAAUGGCUUCCCUGCUUGGCAAAUAUAAACGCUUCGAUCCGAUGGGCUGAUUCGAUGAUGAAAUUCUCACUCCGACGGUUUAGUCAGUGUUACGAAGCGGUGGCCGCGAGAAGGAUCCCGCUGCAAUAGGAAACUUUCAGAACGUGUGUUCCACAAACUCGACCUUGCAUAGGGCUUCCAUCCCUCGGAAGAUUCGGGUUCUUUGGAUCCGGAAUGGAAUGCCAGUGGCGAAUUCAGCGACACGAUCGGUCACCCUCACGAGACCCUCGGUCACGUAUACAUCCAUCUUAUCUUAUCAGCGUCAGAAGAAGAAGACGAGCUGUGAUUGCCGUGGGUGGUUGGUUGGCUUUGCAGCCCUCGUUCAAUGAGGUUGCGGAGAAUUCAUCCUGGAACCGCAAAUUAUAAUAAUGGAAGCAGGAUUUGCCUCCGGACAGGGGACAAACUCGUGGUCAUUCAGGGGGUGCCGUGUGCGCCGCGCGCGGGGCUGGCUGGCUCACUAGUCCGAGUAGAUGGAAGCUCAGGAAAUGAAUCUGACAUGAUAUCGUACAUUACAUACAAAGACAACCUGUAAGCAUCACAUGACGUAAGAGCGUUGAUCGGCAUGUCACGUGUUUUAUUUCAGUCCGCUCUGUUCACUGAAGUCGUACAACCGUCAAGAGGCAAAGCAGGUAAAUGUAAAAGCUCGAAACUCUUUGGGGCCCACUGGCUGCGGCUUCACUUGACCGCAAAGGUUCCGCAACGGAGCCAUCGUCCCGCGAUUAAUACAUAUCACCGUCGGAUCAAUUUUGGGAAUUUGAUGUCCGAUUUGUAUCGACGCUGUCAGCGCAGCUCUCCACUCACCACCCGCAAAACAACUAGUGUCCCUGCAAGGCGGCCCUUCCCUGCCUCUCUGCCGCUUCUUCGUCCCCCUACGUGGCAUGCAUACCACCCCCCGAUAUCUGCUCCUCGUUCUCGCUAUCGUUAUCACUGGGCACUUCAUCCUCUCUCAGACACACGAAGACUAUGGCCGGGCGACGUCAAUAAAUCGUCUCAUGGGGACGUCCAAGACGACUCCCAUCCCGCCCGAAUACUUCACAUGGGAAAAUGCGACGCUGGAUGUCGCACACCGGCCCCGCGCCAAUGCCACGUUCGUCGUACUGGCUCGGAACACGGAUCUGGACAUGACUGUGCGGUCGGUGAGGAGGAUGGAGGAUCGAUUCAACACCCGGCACCAUUAUCCGUAUGUGUUUCUGAAUGAUGAGCCCUUCUCGGCGGAGUUCAAGCGACGGCUGACUGCAGUCGUCUCGGGAAAGAUCGAGUUUGGGGUGAUACCAAGGGAACACUGGCAACAACCAGACUGGAUCGACGAAACUCUGGCAGCCAAAGGCCGUGACAAACUGGUGGACGAGGGCGUGAUCUACGGAGGAAGUGUCAGCUAUCGAAACAUGUGUCGCUUCAAUUCUGGUUUCUUCUUCAGGCAUCCUCUUGUCGAAAAGUAUCGAUGGUACUGGCGAAUUGAGCCCGAUGUCCAUUUCCAUUGUGAUAUCAGAUUCGACCCAUUCCUAUACAUGCAAGAUCGUAAAAAAGUCUACGGCUUCACUAUCACGAUGUACGAGUUCGAGAAGACGAUUCCGACACUAUGGGGUCAUGUGAAAGAUUUCAUGAAACUGCACCCCGAGCACAUUGCAAAAGACAAUUCGCUCGGCUUCAUGAGCAACGACAACGGAGAAACAUACAAUCUUUGCCAUUUCUGGAGUAACUUCGAGAUCGCCGACAUGAAUUUCUGGCGGGGGCCUGCUUACACAGCUUUCUUUGACUACUUGGAUUCUAAAGGGGGAUUCUAUUACGAGCGGUGGGGCGAUGCUCCUGUGCACUCGAUCGCGGCAGGCAUCUUCGCAUCCAAAGAUCAACUGCAGUUCUUCGAGGAGAUUGGCUACGAGCACAACCCCUACACGCACUGCCCCAAGGACCCCGCUGUAUGGGAAGCCAACCGCUGCGCGUGUAAUCCCUCCAGCAACUUUGAUUAUGAUGGAUACUCAUGCAUGAAAAACUGGGAGCGCUUCAACGGACUGUGACACAGCGAUGUACGCCUGCGACGUAGACAAAUGUAGAUGCUAUAUCUAAUAAUCGAUACCACUAUGUAUUUGUACACAGCGCCAAGUACCUACUACAACUGGGUGAAUACUCAACAAGGGUGUGCCUGGACGCUGGAGGGGGUCUGGAACAGAGCAACUUCCGCAGCGCGGCGGGUGACGAGACCCGGGAGCACCUUUCCACCAGCUUUGUUGAAGCGAGGGAUCUGGGCCGCAGCGACGGUAUUCGGAUCCUGGCCCGCAUUGAGCUGCUUGAGAAGAGUCGAGCUCUUGAGAGUGGCGCAUCCGAGGUUGAACGCAAACGACGAAAGCGCGCCGACUUGGUUGUCCGUCAGAACCACGGAGCUGCUCACGGCGUUGUUGACGCAGGUCACGAACGUCGCGAGAUCACGCUGCAGGAGCUGCGUCGCCGUGCUCUGGGACAGAGGGAAGCUGAAACCGACCUCGGCACACCCUUUGGUCUGGCACUUGUGGCCGAAACCGACUGUCGGGAGACCAAUGGGGUCGGGGGCCGGAGAUGGGACAAAGCCCUCCGCCUGUUUGAUGAGCGCGAUCGUGGCAGCGUUGGGCACCGCACCACCGCAUGUCAGAGCACCAUUCGAGGAGGAGGAGGAGCUCGGUGUGUUGCUGGAUGCAGCAGAUGGACUCGAAGACCCUCCGCCGGAAUUCGUAGUGGCACCAGUGGGUCCAGCGCUUGCAGCAGCCGCAGUGGUGCUCGAAGAGGAAUCAUCGGUGCUCGUGUCGACUGUGUCCGUCGGGGUAGAGUCGGAUGCAGAAGUCGCACCGGUGCUGUCGGUGGCGGCAGGAUCAGUGGCCGUGCUAGCGUCGGUAGGGUCCAGGAACUGGUCGAACCCAGAACCAUCGGUGGUCGAGGCAUCCGUCGCUGCUGGAUCCGGUGCGCCUGUGGAGUCCGUGCUGCUGGGAUCGAAGAACGAGCCAAACGAGCCAUCGGAAGUCGAUGCGUCCGUCGCCGCGGGAUCAGCAGCACCGGUCGAGUCUGUGCUGCUCGGAUCGAAGAACGAGCCGAACAGCGAACUGUCGGAGGAGGAUGCAUCCGUAGCCGCUGGAUCAGCUGCACCGGUCGUGUCGGUGCUGCUGGGAUCGAAGAAAGAACCGAACAGCGAGCUGUCCGUGCUCGAGGAGUCGGUCGCUGAGGGGUCCGCUGCCGAUCCCGAAUCAGUCGUGUCUGUGCUGCUGGGAUCCAAG